GUUUUAUUCAGGCUGGUUUGACGUAUACAUGACGGCUUCACCUCAGCUUCAGCUAGAGAACAAACCGACAUCAGCUGAGUUUGCAUGAAGUGCCAUCCUUGCAGCUAAAAUACAGGAAUUUAUCAUCACGUUGAAUUCAACAAUAGCAUUUUGUAAAGUUACGUGUAACUGUUGUAAGCCAAUGAAAUAACUGUCAUCUGUCGUAACCACAGAAACAGGGCAGAGGCAAAGGAGAAAAUAACAUUACAUCAAACCCGGCAAACAAAGAGGUCCUUUUUUCAACGACAUCAUUUUUCCUCCAUAUUCUAUAGUUAUGAGUCAUGUGGCCGUCGAAAAUGCCCACGGUCUAGAGCAGCAGCUCGCUGUCCUAGACUUGAGUGCAGCAGACGGACAAGGUGGAGGCAAUAGCAGGCGAUACAUUCCUCCACAUUUACGGAACAAAGACGCUUCCAAAAAUGCAGGAAAUGCCUUUGCUGCUGGUCGACAAGGUGGCUACACCAUCGCACCUCCAGCCAACUACGGUUGGGACGGGGGGCGCAACAACUUUGUCAACGGCUACCAUGACAACCGGAUGACCGGCAACUCAUUUAACCGGGGCCCGCCUCGCAUGGAGCGGGGCCGAGGUGGCGUUGGGGGAGGUGGUUACCGCGGCAACAGGGGAGGAUCCUUUAACCCCAUCAACCCAGCACAGCCAAUGGGAUUUGGUGGCUACGAAAAUAAAGACACAGGCGGCUGGAACACGGCCAAAGACGCCUAUAGCAGUUUUGGCAACAACCGAGGGAAGUCUGCAUUCUUCAAUGACAGAGGCAACGCUAAUAGAGGGAGGUUCGAUCACGGUGGGUUUGGUGGUGGAGGAGGAGGGGGAAACAGCCGCUGGGUCGAGGAGUCCAGAGACGAUGGAGACUGGUCCAAACCAACUCCACGUAAUGAACGCCUUGAACAUGAGUUGUUCUCCGGCAGCAACACUGGGAUUAACUUUGAGAAAUACGAUGACAUUCCUGUUGAGGCCACAGGACAGAACUGCCCUCACCACAUUGAGAGUUUCCAAGAUGUGGACAUGGGUGAGAUCGUCAUGGGUAACAUCGCUCUGAGUCGCUACACCAGACCAACCCCUGUCCAGAAAUAUGCCAUUCCUAUUGUCAAGGCAAAGAGAGACCUCAUGGCCUGUGCACAGACAGGCUCUGGAAAGACUGCAGCGUUCCUGCUGCCCAUUCUCAGCCAGAUCUACACUGAUGGACCAGGAGAAGCCCUUAAUGCAGCUAAAGCCUCUGGACAGGAGAAUGGGAAAUAUGGGCGUCGUAAGCAGUACCCCAUCUCUCUGGUACUGGCUCCAACCAGAGAACUGGCAUUGCAGAUAUAUGAUGAAGCCAGGAAGUUUUCCUACCGGUCCAGAGUGCGUCCCUGUGUCGUGUACGGAGGAGCAGAUAUUGGCCAGCAGAUCAGAGACCUGGAGAGAGGCUGCCACCUGCUGGUGGCUACACCAGGAAGACUGGUGGACAUGAUGGAGAGAGGAAAGAUUGGACUGGACUACUGCAACUACCUGGUUCUGGAUGAGGCAGAUCGUAUGUUGGACAUGGGCUUUGAACCGCAGAUUAGACGCAUCGUCGAACAAGACACCAUGCCACAUAAAGGCAUCCGACAAACCAUGAUGUUCAGCGCCACCUUUCCUAAAGAGAUCCAGAUCCUGGCCAGGGAUUUCCUGGAGGAGUACAUCUUCCUGGCGGUGGGCCGAGUUGGUUCCACGUCAGAGAACAUCACUCAGAAAGUGGUGUGGGUGGAGGAGAGUGAUAAGAGGUCCUUCCUCCUGGACUUGCUCAGCGCUACAGUCAUCCCCAGCGAGGUACAGGACAAUACUGGAGACAACAUAGAGAAACCUGGUAAGGACUCGUUGACUCUGGUUUUUGUGGAGACCAAGAAAGGUGCAGACGCCUUGGAGGACUUCUUGUAUCGGGAGGGCUACGCCUGCACCAGUAUCCAUGGCGACCGCUCCCAGAGAGACAGAGAGGAGGCCCUGAACCAGUUCAGAUCAGGAAAAUGCCCCAUUCUGGUUGCCACAGCGGUAGCAGCUCGGGGUCUGGACAUCUCCAAUGUGAAACAUGUUAUUAACUUUGACCUGCCCAGCGACAUAGAGGAGUAUGUCCACCGUAUUGGACGUACAGGACGAGUCGGAAACCUGGGACUGGCCACAUCGUUCUUCAAUGAUAAGAACGGUAACAUCACUAAAGACCUGCUGGACAUCCUAGUAGAGGCCAAACAGGAAGUUCCCUCAUGGCUUGAGAGCCUGGCCUAUGAACACCAGCACAAGAGCAGCAACAGAGGACGCUCUAAGAGGUUUUCUGGAGGUUUUGGAGCACGUGAUUAUCGCCAGACGGCCGCUGGAGCCAACACUGGAGGGUUUGGAGGACGUGGAAGUCGCAGCCAGGCAGGACAUGGAGGAAACCGUGGCUUCGGAGGAGGUGGUUUUGGUAACUUCUACACCAGUGACGGCUACGGAGGAAACUACUCACACUCUCAAGUUGACUGGUGGGGCAACUAGGUUCCUCCUUCCUCCUCCCCCUCUUUCUUCUUCUCACUCAUCCUCCCUCCUUUUCCCACACUGUUGUCUGCACUCCAUCUGUCUCCACCCCUCCAUUAACCCUCAAGAGCCCAUGUGCAUGUUAUUGAACUAUUUAUACUCGUUUAUAUAGCCCUCCUUCCAUCCCUAUGCGCUAAGAUCUUUUAAUUCCUCUUUAGAUUUUUCUGGUCCUUUCCAUCUCCACCUUCGUCUUUAUAGUUCCCUUUUUUUAUUUCAUAAUUCCUGAUAAAUCUCGCCUCUUAAAAUGGGCAACAGUUUAAAAGGAUUCUUCAAUUUUAGUUGGUUAUUUUCUUAAAACUUGCCACAGGUUUACUUCCAGCUAGCAACAUCCUUUGGUUUUAGUGAGAACUUUUUAAACUAUUUGCCCUUUGUGACAUGUCUGAAGAAAAAUAACCAAUUAAAUUUAAGGUCCAGGUGUUCUUUUAACCCCCCAAGGUAGAUGCACCUGUAAGAUUUACAGUGUGCAGACUUCUCCCAAACAGCUGUAGAAGACCAGGGGAUACCUAUUUUUUCCCAUUAGAUUUGAGUUUUGGCUUCAUUGUGUUUUUGUCUGUGUUCACCCAAAGCCAGCCAGGCUUCCUGUGUACCUUCACAUGUCAUCUUUGUAUGUAACGCAUGGCCAUGUUGUAAAUCACCGGCCGAAAACUUUUCUAAAAUAUAGCGCAGAGAUAGGCAAGACGUCAGAUCUGAGCAAAGUUAUGUCUGCAUAUAAAUUCAAAAAUGGGAACUGGCUGAGGUCUCCUUCAACUUACAUGACAGAUUCUUAAAAGGGGCCACAGAAACGACAAAAUGUUUUUUUUUCACCUUUUUUUAAAGCAUACUGAAAUAUUGAUUUACCGAAGUUUGAGAAAGACGUCUGACAGACAGAAGAGACAAGAGGCUGGGACGCUGGCAGACGUUGCCUAUUAGCAAUGAUGCCAGCAAACAGAGUCUUAGGACUUGUGGUUGUUGAUAUCACAACUACAAACAUUUCUUUGUUUGAAACAAAACAUAAUGGAGAAUCAUUUGUUUCUGUACUGUGCCUUUCAGAAUUUGAACUUUGUCUCUUAUUUCCGUUGUUUUUAUUGCCAUAAUACGUAAGUGGCUAUAAGUAUUGGCCAACUGUGACAAAAAAAAUGUGUAUUUAAUGUCAUGUAUGGGUUCAAACAUGUUUUUCUUUAUUUCUAUUUGGAAGGAAACAAACUAGGCUUGAACUAAAUCAAACCUUGGCAAAAAAAAACCUAAACAAAAACUGUGAUGGGGAACCUCAACUCUGUUCCUUAUCUGUCUAUUGGAGUUCAAAUUCAUCAGAUGGUCUCUGAUGAGCUGAUUCCCAACAGCAUAUUACCACUGUGACUAUAUUUCAAUUUUUUUUAAAUACACCCUCAUCCAAAGCCACUGAAAUGGGUUAAAACACUACCUUUGUCUUAUUCAAAAGAGGAAGUUGUAUUAAUAAUGAAAACAGACCUGUUUGCUUUACUAGGCUGUUAACAGAGAUGAUAGCAGUGGUUUUAUGCUUUUGGGAAACCGAGUCCUACUCAUUGACCUGUUUGUCACAUCUAUAGCUCUGGUCUGAGCUUGAGUUUGCGUUUCUCAAAACCAUUUUGUCACUAAUUGUUGGGUCACUUGAUGCCAGAAGCAGAGCAGCUGAGAGAGAAUUUGGUGCAGUUGAGCAGCAGCAGCUAUGUCAUGUAGCUUCUCCUCUUACCAUUCAGAUAUGUGGUUGUAAGUAGAGAUGUUCCUCAUCAAAGUCUGAUGCCACUUUAAAGUUAUUUUAGAGUAAUUAUUAAAAGGGUUCACUAUGUAUCCUUCUACACAUCAGAUUUUUAUGUGGCAGUAUUAAAAAAACUGGUUUCCAUGCAGGUUGCAAACAUAGUCAUGUCUAACAGCAAGAGUACUGGAGAAAGUUGCAUCUCUUGCACUCUAAACCACAUCAUAUAGUGAUGCCAAACCAAUUCUCCAACAUUUUUGGGAUGUAAAAAUUACAACCACUGCAUGGCUGCUGCUGAAAACUACGGUCACCAAAUUUUAUCAGUGGCUGUGGGUGUCCAACUGACUCUUAGUGCCUCCAUGCUCUUGGGAAACUGGCUCUGCUUCCACCACAAACAUUGAAACCCUUGUUUGCCAAAAACUUCUCUCAAGGGGACACACAACUAAAAAGGCUAUAAGAGUUCAAAAUUUUCUUGCUCACUCUAUCCUGGAGAGUUACAUGAAGAGUCUUCUCUAAAAUACGUCAUUCCAGUUUAUUCGUUAGGUCUUUAUGAUCUGUUGAGGUCAGGGAUAAAUGUAAAGAACUGGAUAAGCUAGCCUAAAUCAUUUCACAGCAGGCACAGCUGGGGCUUCUGGAGGUUAUAAAGCCACACCUCUUGAGCACAUUUUAGCCUUGGCCUGUCUUACUGUACUAUGAAUAAAUGACAACAGGCUCAGUUCCAACCAUGUCUACUCUGUUCCUGCUUAAGUCUGCAGGUGUUUACAUUCCUAUGCUUACUAUUCAUUGAACAGAUAAGAGUCUCUUUAUUUUCUUUCCUUCUCUGUUAAUUUCUCCAAAGAUAUCAGCCGACAAAGAAAGCACAGAAAAUGUUCUAAAUCCAGACUGAGACCAGCUUAUGAAGGCAACACACACCAGUGGCAAUAUCAUGUGCUUCACAACCCCUCCAGCUGUUGUUUUCUACAUAAGCCGCGCACCAGCGGCAUCUUGGCACAAGCCAUCGCUGACUGAUGCUUCUUUACUAGCAUCAGAGUCAUUACAGCCACUGUACCUUGACUGCUACCUCCACCUGUAUGUCUGUGUGGUUGUUAAAUGAUGCAACAUAGCUGGUGUGUGCUGCACUUUGGCAGCAUUUUAGCCCUGCUAGGAAUGUUAAAAAGACACCUAGUUCAGCAUAGCACAGCAAGAUAUAGGUCAGAUAAAGUGUGCUAGAGGACAAGUGGCAUAAAAGAAGUGAAAAGCUACAAGACAUGAGAACAUCACAUGAAUUUUCUGUGAUCAAUGCCUAAUACCUGGUUAGCCCUACUUUGCUUUGCCGUGGAACCAGGCUACGAGGGGCAGUUGACCUGCACCCAGGAUGUCCAUGUUUCAUCCCUGUUUGAACAUGUAAAAGAAACUCCACUGUACAUUUGGAUGGUUCAGUGGUAGAAGUCCAACCCCCCACUGUGUCAGUCAGCAGCAAAAUAAGCCAAAAAAAAUGCUCUGUUGCCACCUGCUGGGGAAAAUUGUUAGUUUUUAUCAGGGUCUUAAUUUGUUUUGUUUACAUGAAUAACUUAGUCAUAUAAAAGUAUAGAUUAAAUGUAAAUAGCUCAGCUCCUUAAAACAGAAAGAGAAGAAUCUCCACUGAAAAAGAAUGUGAAUUAUAAGUGAAACAACACUUGAUGUGUAGAAGAUUACGUUUGAUCACUCGACAUUGGACCACGCAGUGUCUGGUAGGCUUAGCUCAGUGGGCAAUUUGAACAAGCUCAGCAGAUUUAUUUUUGGAGAUGGUUUUUACAGAAAAUACAUGUGUUUGCACAUACACAAACCAAUAAGGAGAAUUAAUUUACCUCAAAUUGCCCACUGGCUUUGACAAAUGACAAGGCUGGACCAAGACAAUAAAACAUAUGCAAGUGUUGUUGUUUUUUGGUCAAGGAGUUAAAAAUGCCAAGCAAAUGAAUACCAUUCUACACCAGGCUUUAGUUAGGUUAAAACUCUGAUUUGUCCCGUCUUCUAUGAUUUUUAGACUACUUUUUGAUCCAAAGUCGUAUUCGGCUCAAUCUUCAAAUCUAUUUCCCUAGAGUACAGUUUGUAGGGAGGUUCAGGAAACUAGUAGGCUUUAACGCCAUUCUCAAAGAGUUUCAGGCUGAGUAAUGCUAGAGGACUGAGAAUUCGCGCAGACAGCAGGUCACAUAUAAGAUUUACAAACUAGAUUUUCCAAAAACUCAUCUUGGUGCAAAGACACCAGUCUUUUGUGUCAGAAUUUGUAGUGGUCUCACAAAAUGUCCAAGGUUAAUUGUCAGGUUUUAUUAUAAGCUACCAGUAGAGAGGAGACAACGCGCUCCACCGUGUCAAACUUCCAAACGAACCAAAAACUGAAAUUUAGUUUGCAUUUUCUUUUGGCUACUGUUUAAGUGUGGUCAGUCAGGUUAAUCGUUAUUGUAGCACAACGCAUUGUGUUCUUGCUAUGGUUCAGCUUGCAGACUAAUGAAGGCUAAACUACUAUGAGCACUGGUUAAAACAGCAAUUAAAUUGUUGACCAGAACUGUGUUUGAGGUGUCCCAAACCUGUUAACCAAUCAGAGAAUUUUUCUCUCAUGAUCUCAUUAUCCAUCUUAGAUUUCUUACAAAAACUGUUAAGUAUGAAUUAAUAUGCAGCAGGAAGAUAGAACUCCGUAACAGGACGAUAUGUUGAUGAUAACAUUGCAAAUGACAAUCAAUUAUGAAGGAUUUGCUUAGUUUAAAACUCACUUUACACAUCAACAGAACACUUUAAGUUGCACUUUUUUUAAAGUCUUGGGGACACCUUGACAUGUCAAACUUUUCUUAACCAGCUGUCUUGUGGGCAGUUAGUUGAAAACUGUCCAAUUUUAAACAUGCACAUUCAAGUUCUGGCCUCCAUGAUGAAGAAAAUUAAAACUCAUUACCUUACCUUUGAAGAUAAACACUUUGAUUGUGUUACAUUAGCCAAUAGCAUCCCCAAAUCGCAAUAUUGUUGAUGUUUUGGAGCUGUUGGGACAUUUGGGCGCUAUCAGGAGUCUGCCUUUGAAUAUUGACUGAAUAACAGUUUAGCACUUGACUGAACUGUCAGCUGACACUGUUACAUAUUCCCUGUGUGAGAGGGGAUAGUGACAACAUUUGUUACUUGAAUCCAUGGCUGUUGCCAACCACAAACUUAGUAUGCAGCUAGUAUAGUCUCUUGUGUUUAUUAAAAAUGCUAAGCAUGUUGAAAUACCUUUACGAAGGACAUGCGGUGUCAGAGGCAAAGCACUUGAAUGAGUCUGAGUCAGUGUGUUGACAUUGCUGUGCCUUCUAACAGCCACUAGGGGGCAGAUAGAAUAACCAUGAAAAACUGAAGGAAUGACUGAGCAUUUCUCAUGCAGUGAUACAGGUGCUAGGAAUUGUUUUAAUACAAUAUCUGAGCGUACUGUUGACUGCUGGUAGUGUAGAUAGGAAUUUUUAAUUUGUGAGUUAUACAGCAGGGAGUUGUGGAAAGUCAAACUUCAGUUUACCUCACUUUUCAUCUUGUUUAUAUAGCAAUCUCGUCAAGUAGUCAUGUUCAGAGUACGCACAAAAAUAUGCAAUGUAUUUAGGUCUUUUUCUAGGGAAGACCGAUAUAUCUAUCAGCUGUAAUUACUUUUGAACUGUGUUGGAGCAGCACCUACUUACCACUGUGCCCCAAACCCCUACCCAACCUUGACAAAAUGCCCCUCCCAGGGCAACUGAACUUCUACAGUAAGUGCAGUAAGUGUGGCUUGCUUUCACUUUGCUGUCACCAAGAUUCAUGAGUUUUGUUAGGGCUGUUUUCUGUCUGUGCUCCGUUUGGAUUGAAGCACAAACUGGCACAAGUGAAAUCAGCUCAGAUUCUGACAUGUGCACGGUGCCUUGAAGUGACUGAAUCACUGAUUCAUUAAAGACUGAAACUUAGGUAGUUAGGGCUGGGUAUUUUUCAGUACAGAUGGAAAAUCCAAACUGUCAAAUAAACAAUAGUAAAUGCAUUAAUGGAGUAGUGGAUAUGCUGUGUGUGGAAGUCACCACAGGAAACUUGGAUAUGAUUACAAGGAAAAAACACUGUUGUGCAUUUGAUGGCACAAACAGAUUCAGAGACAUUUCAGCUACAUGACAAAUGGAUUCCUAGUGCAAAAGAUGGGAAAUGUAGAUGCCAUUUUGUGUCAUUAAGGUUCCAUGUCUGGGUAAAUUAUCCAUCUUGACUUCUUUUUGUCAUAUGGAUCCGUCAGUUCUGUUGUCAUUUGCUUUUUAGCCACAGUAGCAGUAGGGUUCUGUGGAUGGGAAUGUAGGUCAGUCAGUUUUGUUCAUGGAUGAAUGGAUGACCCCUGUGACAUUUGUUUGGACCAUCAGCUUAAUCAUAAGAAGUAGAGCAUGUUCAGUUUUAUUUCUGAAAGAAAACUCAUCAUUUAGAAAUCUCAGCACUUUAGUUUCUGGUUUUUGAAUAUUUUCAAAACCUUUUGAUGCCUUAAAGUCAAGGGUGAUACCCAGCCCUAAUGGAGCUGAUAGUGAAGUUGGUUACACUGUAAUACAGCAUUACCAUGGCAACAGACACACCAACAGUGUCACCAUGGCAAAGGAUUCUGCAUCACUACGGUAACUAACUUACCAGCAGGAGUAUUUUGAUCGUCAGUGAACAAUUAAUGGUGCUAUGCUCCCAUUGCUGCGGCCUGCAGGCCCCUCUGUUGUAGAAAGACUUCAAACCCCACCAAGUUUUACAGAAAAUACUUCAGUUACUUAGUUUAACUUUCAGCUAAAGUCUUCUGUAGCACACAUCCUUCAAAACCUCCGAGAGGUAUGUAUGAGUGAGUGAGAGUGAUUGAGGUGUAGUGCAGCCAAUUGUCAAAAGGAUAGGUUUCUCUACAGUAUAGGGUAUGGUGUGUGUGUGUAUGUGUGUUGUAUGGAAAGGUUCUUCCAGAUAUGAACAGUUUGUUUUUUUUGUUUUGUUUUCUUUUUGCUUCUUUUUUGGGACCAGGUGGAGUUCUAGUUAACAGCAACUGUAGGAUUCAGCUGUUUGCACACAGAGUUCUCGAGUCUACUUUCGCUGCUAGUUUGUGUAAUUUAUCAAGCAUUUUUGAGAAAUAUUUAUUUUUAUAAGCCUAAUACAAAAGUUGAUAUUUUACAAAGUGACUUGACCAAAAGACAGUAAACAAAAACACUGGCACUUGAAUGUUGAAUGUCAUUGGUAUGAGUGAAAAUUUCUAUUUUUCUGGGGUAGUGUGAGCUUUUUAAUGUUAAAGAUGCAACGUGUAGGGAUUUCUCUUUGGAUAUGUCACUGUAACAAACACACAACUCUAAAUCAAAAUCCAAAUCCAAAAAUAACAAUACUGUCACUGGUGCUAAAAUACUAAAUAUCCCAAUACACCAGUUCUCUGAUAAAGGCCAGCAUAAAGGUACUCACACCAUGUGCACAUCUUUUUUCUACCUUUCUACCAAAUUUUUGGAAAUUAUCAACUUGAGUAAUAAUUGAACAACCUUCCCUAAUCAUUAGCAUGUUAACACAAUAUAUAUAGUCAUAUCAGCUGCUAUAAAAAAUCUAAUACCUUCCCUUUUUCUUGAAACAGAGUAGGUUCGUUUUGAUGCAGAGUUUGAGUAAAUCCAACAGUGAAGACAUCAGAUGGCCGUAACAGGGCUCUUCUCUUCUCUGUCAUUUACAACAGAGUGAGAAAGACGUGCACAUGGUGUCGCAUGAGGCUGCACAGUGAAGCACUGACAGCUGUAAUACAGUUAAUGUGACUGUGACAUAUUAAGAGAAACAUCCUACACGGGUUACCUUUAAAGUCACAUUGGACUCAGUAUCAGAUCCACAAACCUGUUUGUGUGACAGGUUCCAUUGCCAAUAAUGAUAAUCAACCAUAAACAGCCAUUUUUAAUUGGCAAACAGAAUUUGAGACAAACACCACCACGUAUGCCAAGGUUUGGAUAAAAAAAUAAAAAUAACAAAACGAUAUGAUCAAAGACCAUUUUGUAAAAAAAAAAAAUACAUGCAGUACAAAAAACAAGUGUCCAGAUUCUCUCCAAGUCGGUUGUUUUUUUUGUUUGUUUUUUUCUUUUCAUUUGAGUCUUUACACUUUUCCUUCCCGUUAAUACCCUUGUUGUGAAUGUCUGGCAAGUGGCGACCUUUAAAGUCCUCAUAACACAGAAUUAACUGUGGUUCUAUUGCUAUGUUGUUGUGAUUUGCAUAUUUUCAGGCGUCGGUGUGUUAAUGUUGUCCCAGGGGGAGCUUCUGGCCAAUCAGAAAUGAGGAUCCAUCCUGCUGUCUUUUACAUUAGAGUAACAUGAGGGUUGUGUUUUUUUAUUGCAACUUGCAGCUGAUCCAUGACUCUUCAAAUUACAUGCACGUGAAGGAUGAUGUAAGUUGUAUUUCUACUGUUGGUCCACUUAGCACAGACACUGCAGUUACAUGACUGUAGCCUCAGUGGACCAGAAUGCAAUGGAACCAAAGCAAAGCCAUGAUCAUUGACAGGCCAUGGCACACAGGUUAAUAAUCCCAUUUUACAGCCCUUUGUGUGCACACACACAGUUGCGACAAUAACUUCAUGGCUCUCUUGUAGUUACUGACAAAUGGCACUCUGGGAAACAAAGUGCACAAAACACUGCUGCUUUAUUUCACUUUCAAUUCAGUUAACUUUAGGUGAUCUAAGAUUUAAAACAAAAAAGCGUGUAAUCAUACUUAGGGAUGAUUCCUGUGUAGAGACUGAAUUGAAAUGAAAUAGAACCAAGUGUUGUUGCCAUUACUGAUUGGCCAGAUCCCCCUUAAUGUGGACAGACGGCAGCAGCGGCCUGGUAGUUAGUAUUUGCUUUAUGUAUUAGUUUAGCAGUUGUGCACGAAGAGGAGCACUGCACGAAGAAAAAAAACUGUGCAUCUAUUCUGAUUUUACCACAAAUAAAGGUUUGGAUUUGCAAAUGUA